AUGCGAAGCAUUGAAAAUGCUUUUCAUGCUAUUGAAAGCCGUGUUGCGGAGGAUGCCGAACGUGGUGACUGCCUCACUGAACUUCGUGUGAAGGUCGCUCGCACACCAGGACGUGGACGAAGAAGAACACCAAAAUCAGCCAACAGCACUCCAAUAAGGCCUGUACGCUCCACAGCUCCAAGGAAGAAGGCGGCCACCAGUGUGAAGCGAUCCACCCAACAAGUUCUUGACGGAGACAAAACGCCAUCGCCACCCCCCGUGAUCAAUUCCCUAGUAACACCUACAGCUCGAAGUCGUCCUGUUCUAUCAAGAUCUGCGAAAAAUGUUGCUAUAAGCAAAACCAGACGUUGGUUAUUUGAAAAAGGCGACGAGGAAGAGUAA